AAAAUUUUAGUAUUAGUGAAGGUGCAACACAAAUACAAAUCUGUUAGAGCAAAUAUUUUAUUGAAAGAAAAUUUUUGAAAACAAGUUUUUGUACAAUUCUUUCGGUGUUGGUAUUAACAAACAUUGGAUCAGAUGAUAUAGAGGCGAAAGUACGGUUAAGGAGAGGAAGGAGCGUGAUCGUUGGCAACUAACAAGAGAUCUAAUUGAUGAGGGGAUGGAGUAAUGUAAAAAUAAUGAGUACGAGUUCAUUGGAAAAAUAGGUCGAGACGCGUGACGCGUCAAUUGGCAAAUUCUUAAAAUAUCAAAAAAAUGAAAAUUAUAGCAUAUCUUAAGGAUCAAAAAAAAUAUGGAAUUAGCGGUGGAAAAGUCGAUAGCAAAUGGCAAGACGAGGACGAUGAAAGAAUUUCGACAGAAUCUUUGUUUGAUACGCCGCCUCAAAGAGUCUUUUCUGAAUUGGAAGGCAUUGGCAAGUAUCAAAAUACAAAAAAUAUCAACAAAGGGAGUUCAGCGGAUGAUAAAGGGAAACCGUCGCUAAUAACUGAAGAUACAGUAGUGGACACAAUUAAUAGAUUCAGGAAAGGAGUAGAAAAAGAAGUGAAUGAAGAGAAGAAGGUAACAGACAAGAAACUACAAAAGGAUAACGUUUCAACAGAAAAGGUGGUGAAGAUUAAGAUUAUUAACGAACAAAGAGAUGGAAAGAAAAAUAAAUAG